CUCAGGCGGGAAAGGAUUACGUAGGUCACUUCUUUAGCGCCUCCACCUUGGCGUUAGCCUUGGCGACCCUUGCUCUGCCGCCACCCAGUCAAAGGACGUCCUGGCUCCGAGAUGUCCGACCACCACAAAGACCGUCCCGCACCGACCGACCUACCAACCUACUGAUCGCUCUCCUUCGUUCUUCUCUCCCUGCCAUUUCCCACCACAAACAUUCAUAUCUCUUCAUAUCUCUGCCUGCAGACCGACCCGAGUCAGACACAGGAUUCGUUUCUUUCCUUUUGUUUCGUUGAGAACGAUCUGCACCCACAAGUGAUUUGAUUGAGGAAUCCACGUUUCAAGCACACCCGGCCAAGCGACUGCUGGCGCCAUGCUGCUGAAGCCCCUCACGGUUGCGGCGAGCCUCUUGGCCGCCCCAGCCGCGCACGCAUUCCUCAUCCCGCCCGAACUCAGCCCUGCCGACAUUCAAGCAGCCAACACCAUCGAAAGCAUCGCCUCCCAGGUCGCGGGGAGCCGAGUGGUCGAACUCGAGCUCGAGUGCCCCGACUGCCCCGUCCUCGUGCAAGACAAACAUGGCAGACCCAUCGAGGUGCAGCUUCACCGGCCGAGCCGUCUCGGGUUGAACUUUACCGUCGAAACCCAGCCGGAGCACGACCGUCUCCUCGUGAAUGGCUUCGAGCUGUAUCCUUCCGUUGACCCGCUCGAGGUCCUUUCAGCGCCGCAAACGGUUGACUGGAAGGAUAAGGACCGCCGCCGUCACGGGGAGCGCAGCCAUCAUGACGGCAAGCGUCGCAAGCGGCGCCAUCAUCUGACGCCCCAACCCCAGCGGCUCGGCUUUGCUGUGAAUGUCGGACCGGCAAAGAAGGACGCCGAGGGCAUGCUCGAGCUUGUCGAGGUUGAGCUGCAGAUCAUCGAGGUUGGCAUGACCUUCGUCGACGACGUCCCCAACCUCACGAUCAAGCUCAUCAAGGACCAAGAGGGCCAUUUGCUCUUGGCCAAGAUUGGAAAGAGCGCGUCCAAGAAGCUUACGGUGCCCUCAGAGGAUGUGCCGCAGGAAUGCACCAGCACCAUGUGCAAGUUGUUCGAGAUGGCCCGGGAGAGGCUUAAGAGCCUGCGACCGUUCAGGCUCUGCCACGGCCCGCCCAUGGCGAUGCACGGUCCUGGCGGAGCUCCCGGUUCUCACCCUGACCACCCCCAUCACCACCACCCUCACCACCAUCACCACCCUCACGGUCCCCAAGCCGAUUCCUGGCGCGGACCGUUCCGCGAGCACCGGUGGGGCAAGCUGUUCAAGCACGUCGUCUCGCACAUUUUCCUCCCCGUGCUUGUCGGCAUUGUUGCGGGUGUCAGCAUCAGCCUGAUCGGUAUGGCGGUCGGCACCGUGCUGGUCUCCCUCUGGCGGUUCUUCUUCCGCCGGAACUGCCACCGUCGCCAUCACCGUCGGAACAGCCGCGCCCACCUCAAAGCUGCCCACAGCGAGGUCGCUCUCGACGACGAGAAGGCGGGCCUGAUGGAGUACCAGGACCCGCCUCCGUCGUAUGAGGAGGAAGAGGCCGCUAAGACGGAGGCGGCCUAGGUUAGGGAGCAGGGAGCAGGGAACAGGCUUCGAUGCUAGGGGCGGUGUACGAGUACGGAAGGGGAGGCCAGCCAUUGAUUUUGAGUUGGGACAUUGGAGCGGGCGUUUUGGUUAUCAGUGAUCUUGGGGCGGGUUGGGCGGUGAGCUUGAGGGUAUUGGGAUCUCUGAAGGGCGAU